AUGCCUCUCGAGAGCAACAACGACAAGGGCGCUACUGGCGCAGCCAAAUUCGUCACUAGCACAUUAGGCAAUGCCGUCGGCGGCGUGGGCCGCACCGUGGGCAACGUCACGGGCGCCGCAACUCGGGGGGUCGGCGAUACCAUCACGAGUGCGACGGGCUCAGCUGGCAAGCCUGUCGGAGACGCUAUCAGCAGCGUUGGCACUGGAGUUGAGAACGGCGCUAACAGCGUCGCUAAGGUCAUCCAAGUAACUGAGGUCACGGGCGAGUUUGAGGUUACAAACAUUGUAUGA